CCUCUCUCCAUGCACUGAAUGACGUGUAUUAUGUGUAACAUUCCAGAGCCCAAGGUGGUCUUCAGCAAGUACUGCAACUCCAGCGACAUCAUGGACCUCUUCUGCAUCGCCACCGGCCUGCCUCGGAACACGACCAUCUCCCUGCUGACCACGGACGACGCCAUGGUCUCCAUCGACCCCACCAUGCCCGCAAAUUCCGAGAGCACUCCCUACAAAGUGAGACCUGUGGCCCUCAAGCAACUCUCUGAGAAAGAAGAGUUAAUCCAGAGCGUGCUGACCCAGGUUGCAGAGCAGUUCUCGAGAGCAUUUAAAAUCAACGAACUCAAAGCUGAAGUCGCAAAUCACUUGGCAGUGCUAGAGAAACGCGUGGAAUUGGAAGGACUGAAAGUGGUGGAGAUUGAGAAAUGCAAGAGUGACAUCAAAAAGAUGAGGGAGGAACUGGCAGCCAGAAGCAACAGGACCAGCUGCCCCUGUAAGUACAGUUUUUUGGAUAACAACAAGAAGUUGACACCUCAACGUGAUGUCCCCACUUAUCCCAAGUACCUGCUCUCGCCAGAGACCAUAGAGGGCCUGCGCAAGCCGACCUUCGACGUCUGGCUCUGGGAGCCCAACGAGAUGCUGAGCUGCUUGGAGCACAUGUACCACGACCUCUGCCUGGUCAGAGACUUCAGCAUCAACCCCAUCACGCUCAAGAGGUGGCUGCUCUGCGUGCACGACAACUACAGGAACAACCCUUUCCACAACUUCCGGCACUGCUUCUGCGUGGCCCAGAUGAUGUACAGCAUGAUCUGGCUCUGCGGGCUCCAGGAGAAGUUUUCCCAAAUGGAUAUCUUGAUCCUAAUGACCGCAGCCAUCUGCCACGAUCUGGACCAUCCAGGAUACAACAACACGUACCAGAUCAAUGCCCGCACCGAGCUGGCCGUGCGCUACAACGACAUCUCGCCCCUGGAGAACCACCACUGCGCCGUGGCCUUCCAGAUCCUCGCCCAGCCCGAGUGCAACAUCUUCUCCAACGUGCAGCCCGACGGGUUCAAGCAGAUCCGACAGGGCAUGAUCACAUUAAUCUUGGCCACUGACAUGGCCAGGCACGCAGAGAUCAUGGAUUCCUUCAAAGAGAAGAUGGAGAACUUCGACUACAGCAACGAGGAGCACAUGACCCUGCUGAAGAUGAUUUUGAUAAAAUGCUGUGAUAUCUCUAACGAGGUGCGUCCGAUGGAAGUCGCAGAGCCUUGGGUGGACUGCUUAUUAGAAGAAUACUUCAUGCAGAGCGACCGCGAGAAGUCGGAAGGCCUUCCCGUGGCCCCUUUCAUGGACCGGGACAAAGUGACCAAAGCUACGGCCCAGAUUGGGUUCAUCAAGUUCGUCCUGAUCCCCAUGUUUGAAACAGUGACCAAGGUGAGUGACCAUCACCGCACCCGGGGCAACACGACAGACAGUGAGAAACACGGGAGUGCACAGCCGUGCACACACAUGCACACGCCGUGCACCAGCACACCCACAGAACCUCCCGGCUUCCCCUUCCUGCGCCACCACAGCCAGCCUGCUAGUCCCCAUGGAGACCUCCUCCGAGUGGCCCUCCACUCGCCGGGCACCAGAGGAGCCUGUGUUAGCUCCUCUCACCUUCACCUUCGGAAGAACCUCCUAAGUGGUCCCAUCUCCAUCUCGCUCACUCCACCCAGCACACGGCUGUCACCAGCUCACACGUGUGUGUUUGGCACCACAAGGUUGCAGACGUUCAUCUCAGCUUCACAUUUUAGCAUCUGCAGUCAACAGGGAGCUCCCGAGCAGACGAGCAGCCACCCCUCGGGGUCCCCGAGCCUGACUUCUCUGUCUCUGUCCUGGUUACAGAGGAAGACGGAGAGCCGGGCAGGCGGGGGCACGGAGAAGUCGAGGGAGAAAAGCAGAGAUGGGAAGCCAAGCGAAGUGCGCGUCUAGUCCUGUGACACUUGCGAUAUCGCCUGCGCAUUUCAAUCCCAACGAAGACAAACCCGGCGUCCGUUUCCCUCCCGAGCAGACCUCGCCUGAAGGAAGAGGACGUCCGUCCGUCCGCGGUGCCUGGGCCCGGCCGCUCGGCGUGAGAUCCUCCGCGGGGAGAAGCUGAUCCUGACCCCCCGGCGCCCACGACCAGGACCGUUUUGUUCACUGAUACAAAAAAAAAAAGGAAUUCAUGAUGCUGUACAGAAUUUUUACUUUUAAACUGC